UCUCAUUGUAGUUUGACCAACCGAUGGAUCUCGGAAGCGGUGUCCUUCAUCCAGCCAACCACCAGGGCACAGAAGGAUUGACCGUCACGAAAUGUACCAACGCUCCGAUGGAUAGUGUUAGCAGCAUCAAUAGUUCCAUCACGUUUGGGAACCCAACAGUACCAGGCAGCAUCAUAUCAGCGGCCCAUCAACAACAUGAUCCCGGCAGGAAUGUGACAAAAAUUGCUGCUCCCGGGAAUGCCGAUGUGGACGCCGACGACACAGAAGAAGUGGAACGGAGGGGAGGUGUUAGUGAUGGAAGAGGAGAACGUAACAGCACGAAGCAAAACGAAGCCGCCCUCAGUGACACAUUGUACAGUAUUUUAGAUCCAAACCUAAGACCCCUAACGCCGGUGCCAAACAAUCCACUGUCGGAGCAAAUACACAACGAACACAAGCUGUUGGUGCAAAAAUAUUUUGAGUUUGAAACACAGAUCGUCACCAGCAUGGCGCAACGGGAAAUGCUGCAAAACAAUAUGAUGCCGGAAGAGUUGCAGUUAAAGAAGGCCUACAUUAAGCGGCUCGAAGAACGAGAAGCACUGCAAAAGUUCAAAGCAAAUCUACAGAAACAGCUGAACGACAAGAACCGACAGCAACAAGCGAGACAUCAACAACAGCAGCAAGUAUUGCUGCAUCCGCCACCACUAAACCGACAGGAAUCAGACUCCGAAUGGGUGAUAAUACAACCGGCGGACACUAGAACCAAAGACAGACAAUCAUAAUUAGAUCCUUUAGGAUG